UUGUCGGCGCAGAUCUCUGAUGGUUAAUAAGAAGAAAAACGUCUGAUUCAGUGUGUAACAAAAAAAAUAAUUUCUGGAAUAUUUUUCGCUGAAAAUAAUCAGCAGUAUUUUAACUCUUAAUAAUUGGCCAAAUUAAGAAAAUAACACAAAAUUAACUAAAAAGUAUAAAUUUUCAAAGAAUAUGACAGCACCGCGUCGUUUACGUAAAGAACUAACAGAUUUACAGCAAUGUCAACUGAAAUCCUUUCGCGAAAUUGCCACUGAUGACGACAAUCUAUUGCGUUGGACUGGUCUAAUUGUACCCGAUAACCCACCCUACAAUAAGGGAGCAUUUCGCAUUGAAAUCAACUUUCCGGCGGAGUAUCCCUUCAAGCCACCAAAGAUCAAUUUCAAAACGAAAAUCUAUCAUCCGAACAUUGAUGAAAAGGGACAAGUUUGCUUGCCCAUUAUAAGUACGGAAAACUGGAAACCUGCCACACGUACGGAUCAAGUUAUAAACUCUCUUAUAGCACUGAUUAACGAUCCGGAGCCAGAGCAUCCAUUGCGUGCCGAAUUGGCGGAGGAGUUUCUUAAGGAUCGCAAAAAGUUUAUGAAAAAUGCUGAGGACUUUACCCGCAAGAACAGUGAAAAAAGACCAGCUGAUUAGUAAAGUAAAACGAAUCAUAUAAUUAAAUAUUAAAAAAAAAAAACAAAGACUUUUUGAACCAAAUUGUCAUUUCAAAAAAAAUGUCCCUUUUUUGCUAAGGAUUAUUAAUAUUAUUGUGCACUAUUUUAUUUGCGUAUCUCAUUUUAUUUUCCAAAAAUUAACCUCCAGCCGGACUGCCUUCUAUGCGUACACCAGCAGCAGCUGUAACUGUAGCAGAAAGUAGGAAACUAUUAACUAACAAAAAAAAGUACUUUAGCAUGUUGCAAUGAUGAUUAUGUCCUUCGUAAAAUAAAUACAUUUAUACCUAUUUUGUUUUUUUAUUUUUCUAUUUUUAUUACAUAUUUUUGUUUUUUUUUAUUUCAUUCGACAUUUAUUUUUCUUAACUGCAUAUUGUUUAACGAAAUUCAUUCAUAUUUGAACAACUAAUAAUUGUAUUUAAAUAUACACUACUGAAAUUGAAAAUAAAAAGUUUUAAAUAAAAUUGUGUAUUUCA